GCGGUCAUGGGGAAGCUGAAUGUGGUGAUGCUUCGGUACCUCUCCAGGGAGCAUUUCAGGGUCCUGACAGCGGUGGAAAUGGGCAUGAAGAACCAUGAAAUAGUUCCGGCUAGCUUAAUUGCUUCCAUUGCCAGCCUUAAACAUGGUGGCUGUAAUAAAAUUUUGAGAGAGUUGGUGAAGCACAAACUUCUAGCUUAUGAACGAACUAAAACUUUCCAGGGUUAUCGGUUAACUAAUGCAGGAUAUGAUUACCUUGCUUUGAAAACUCUGUCUUCCCGACAAGUCAUAAAUUCUGUUGGAAACCAGAUGGGUGUUGGCAAAGAAUCAGAUAUUUAUAUUGUUGCAAAUGAAGAGGGACAACAGUUUGCAUUGAAAUUACAUAGGCUUGGAAGAACUUCCUUUCGCAGUCUGAAAAAUAAACGCGACUACCACAAGCACAGACAUAAAAUGUCAUGGCUGUAUUUAUCCCGGCUAGCAGCAAUGAAGGAGUUUGCCUAUAUGAAGGCUUUGUAUGACAGAAAGUUUCCUGUUCCAAAACCUGUAGACUACAACAGGCAUGCAGUCAUUAUGGAACUUAUCAAUGGCUAUCCUUUGUAA